AUGGAGGCCAAGCGGAAGGCAAAUGGAGCCACCGAUGCAGAGGACCGCAAUGCGAAGCGGCGCAGAGUGGCUCCCUGUCUACAGCAAGAUUACGAUCUGUCCAAGGGAGAAUCCCGCGAAUCGACCACUGCACAUGGACUGGUAUUCCUCGACCAGAUUCGUCGGACGGCCGACAAAAGUGGUCGUCUCGUCGCCACAUGCUUUGAGGAGCUCGUCUCGCGCGAAAGCAACCCCGACUACUACAAAAGGACGCGACUGCCGAUCUCUCUCCAGACCAUCGAAGAAAAGCUCAACAAUGGCGAUUUCAAGACCCUUGCAGAGCUGGAAAGCUAUUUCAAGCGCAUGAUUGCCAAUGCCAAAGAGUAUUAUACCCGCGGAUCACAAAUCUUUGACGAUGCGGAGCGAGUCCGCAAAGCGCUGAGCAACUACAUGACCAAAACAAACCCUGCAUACAGCAACCGAUCCUACCAAGCCGUCCCUACCCCGUUGCCGCCAGAAAAUCCAGAUGAUGAAGAUGAAGAGGAAGGAGAUGCAGAAGGUGAAGAAGAGGGGGACGAGGAUGCUGACGGCGAGGAUGCCGAAGACGCUGAGGAUGGUGAAGGCGAAGAUGAAGAUGCAGACGGUGAGGACGAACCUGAAGAAGACGAGGAGCCAAAGUCAAGACGAAAAGCCAUCAUCCUCAAGCGGAGAGGACCCAGCCGUACUAGGAGGGGCUCGAACAACGACAACUCGAGAGCUCGGUCACCACCAAGUCGUCCCGAUCACGAGUACGAAAAUGUGCCAUACAAAGGGCUCACUUUCCAACAAGCUCAGGAGAAGAUUGUGGAAGAACUUUUGCGACACCAAGAACCAGAAUAUGACGAUGCCUAUUUCGAGCCUUUCAUUAACCUCCCUCCUCGAGCCUUAAGGGACUACUACAAAGUCAUUACUGAUCCUCUGUCUCUCAAGAAACUACAGAAAAUCGUCAAAGGCGUGCAUGGACGGCACGACGCCACUGGCGUGAGCGACUUCAAGACGUGGAGCGCCUUUGAAGAGAAGUCAAAACUCCUCUGGACCAAUGCCUAUUUCUACAAUGAAGAAGGUAGCGAUAUAUAUGUGCUAGCCCAAGAACUUGAGAAAAUGUUCUACAGCCACCUUAAGAAGGCUCAGGCAGCUGUCUCAGAGCCAUUUCAGCAGAAGAUCAAACUUAAAGUUGGACAAGGAGGAUCUGAAACACCCGGUUCAUCCAAGAAGAUCACUAUCCACGUUGGCGGACGGGACAGCUCCGUAGCCUCGCCAGCCCCUCAAGCAACCCAAGCGCCAGAGGCCAAUGGUGCUCCUAAUGCCAAUGGCUCUGCUCAGCUUUCAGCCAAUCUCGAAGCUCCUCGAAGUAUCUCGGCAUCAGCGCCCUCUCCGACUCCCUCAUCACAGGUAGGGCUGAAGGUAGAGGAUGGUUCGAGGGCAUCUCCAGCCGUUGCCAACUUGCCAGCUGGAAUAGCAGGACAAAUGGGCCCGCGACCUCCUAUUCCUGCGAUCCCAUCUCAGCCAUUCCAAACCAAUCCGCUCGUAAAUGGCUAUGCGGAUCAGAGAAGAUUCCGGCCUACUGGUAAAGGCAUCGAUAGCGCACUGAUUGAAAAACUACGAAUUCAAACCCAUCCCAGUGUCCCGAAUGAGCGCCCUACGCUGCUCACAAUUCUGCCAAAUGCAAAGGAGAUGCAACAAUCCGCGACCAUCAACUUGCCGCCUACGCAGACUCGCAUCUGGAUUGUCGUAACACUGCCGUCUUUCCUACAAGAUCGUCAAUAUAGCCUCUGGACGCUAGUGGACAAGCAGCCUUGGAAGCAGUUGAUGCAGCCUAUUCCUAAUCAGACACACCACGAAAGGGCGUUUGAUGUUAUGCUGCAUCCUGGGCUCAACGUCAUCGAAACCCAUCUUAUCGCCGCAAUUCCCCGUCACGAGAGAGAGCCAGGGGGGCCUGAGGCGGAACUAGAAGUGUUCACUGUGCUUAUUAACGUGUCGCGGCCUUACUAG